AGGGACUAUAGGCACUAUAGGAGUGUUUGAAAAACUUUAUGGCUAUGGCUUGAAUCUGGAAACAUCGGCAUCCAAUUUUUGUUCCCACCGUUGUUUAAUUAUAUCUAAAAAUAAUUGACUCUAAAUAUCAUUCGGACUUUGAAAGAUUUGUAAUUCUUUGUUGUUUGACGAAAGGCGUUUUAAUCUCUGUUAAAAGUGGUGGGAACCUAUUUAAAGAGUUUUGAGGUUAAACUCUGGAUUUUCGUUGUGUUUACGUUUUCUUAUUUGUUAUUUUUCUAUUUGUUAUUAAAUCAACUGGAUUUUUUCGAGGAAUUUUAAGAUUUUAUUUAUUCCCAUCACCUAUCAAAUCCAAGACAAUGGCAAAACCAAUCGUUUUCGUGACUGGAAAUGCAAAAAAAUUAGAAGAGGUCGUAUCAAUAUUGGGGAAGAAUUUUCCUCGUGUGGUUAUCAACAAAAAGAUAGAUUUGCCAGAGUAUCAAGGGGAUGCGGAUGAUAUAAGCAUUGCAAAAUGUCGUGCAGCAUAUGAAGUUGUAAAAGGUCCAGUCAUCGUCGAGGAUACUUGUCUAUGUUUCAACGCAAUGAACGGUCUUCCGGGUCCUUACAUUAAAUGGUUCUUGGAAAAACUAGGGCCCGAAGGACUGCACAAAAUGCUUGAUGGUUGGAAAGAUAAAGGUGCUGAGGCAAUAUGCACGUUUGCAUACACGAGCGGAGAUGCAGAUGAAUCGGUCAUCCUUUUCAAAGGUUGUACAAAAGGAACAAUUGUUAGUCCAAAAGGUCCUCGUGACUUUGGCUGGGAUCCCGUUUUUCUUCCGGACGGUUACAACCAAACUUAUGCCGAAUUACCAAAAUCGGUGAAAAAUCAAAUUUCACACAGACACAGAGCAUUAAAAAAACUGAAGGAAUAUUUUAUCGGCAAAGAAAAUUUUGUACAUAGCAAUUCAUUUUAAACAGAUUAUAUCUCUGUUGUACCAUAAUUAAAUACUUAUUCUCUAA